UUGACGCGAGUGAAUUGUCUAAUACGUAUCGCUCGUUCGGAAAAAUGUGAGUUACAAGUUAUGGGAUGCUAUAGGACGCAUUUAGCAAUUGUUAUAGUGUAUCUUUGUGUGAAUACUGGCUCAACAUCGCGGAAAGUUACGGCCAGACUUUCAGUGAAUUACCCUUUCAACAAAUCACGGAAUUGGCCGAUUAGGGCGGCAUCACAUCAGCGGCUUCAACCAUUUUUCCAACGUCCAGAAACACCAAAAUUUGUCUACCAGCAGGAUGAAGAGAAGUUUAUUCCCCGGUUACCCAAUCACUACGUGAAUUUAGAAAAAAAUGAAAAAAAAUACAAAGAAAAAUCUACCACUGGUUGGGUGAAUCACGAUUUGCCAGUUUUUGAAAGAAGUGAAGAAAACGAUGCUCCCAUUAGGAUAUAUCGGGGCCGUAAGGCUGAAUUAAUUUUCAACACAGUGAUGAGUGGAAGACCAUUUAAAAUGCUAGAACCCAUUCCAGGUGAAAUUAUUCACCCACCUAUUGUUCCUCUUCUCAAGCCAGGUGCUUUCGGAAAAGUCGGGACCAAAGAGUUCAGAUUGAACAACUUAUCAGCAAUUCAUUCUAUUAAAAAAAAUCUGAUUCCCUUUUAUGCCCAUGAAGCAAUACAUCCAUGGAAUACUAAAAUAUCUACCCAUUUCACUGAUGGCUAUGUAAAUGAAAAAAUAAGUGAUUCAAUGGGUUCCAAAAACGAAUCGGAGAAGCAUUUAAAAAUUGAUCAAAAGCAAGCAACCCAAAUUGUCUAUGCGAUUCCGUACGCGAAAUUCGUAGCAGAAUACGGCAGCUGGAUAGAUAACGGUAAGGGCAACCAUUCACAACAUGAGUCGACCACUGCAACAUCUGUGAGGGAAGUAACCAGCCCACACGUUGAUCGGCAGAUACAGGCACCGUCUCCAUUCAAUUCAAGGAUACCUAAUGUGACACCCCCAAAUUUCGCAUCGUUACCUAAUAACAAUGUGGUCAUUUUACCACCUACGACCUUAACAGCGCCGAAUUUGACCAGUGCCACGUUGAACUCCACUAAACAUCGAAUUGUUUAUUAUGCAAAAAGUGCUGGCUUCAAAUCAUACUUACCGUUCCCAUCUUCAACACGGAAGAAGCUGCACACCGCAAAGCACGCACACUAUGCCGGAAUAGAACCCGUUCCAAACCAAUUUCCACUUAAAGAUACUAACUUGGUCUUCAAUAGUCCUAAUCUACAAAGCAAUCGCAUCCCUUACCGAAUCAGGGCAUAUUCGAAUCCAUUGAAUCUGCAAAAACUCCAAAAACUCAACUGUGACCGAAAAUCACAACAAAAAUGCCACAAUUCAGACGACGAAAAAAUAACCAUAAUGCCGCGUUGGUAUAUCCGAAACCAAAGAUCAAGCAGAGAAGGAGUAAUUCAUAGUAGCUAAUAGACUAAUUCUAAGUGUACAGAGGACCACACCUUAUAUCGACCGAGGAACGUGAGCGCAG